CGUUGCCGCAAUCGCGCGCCUCCGAUUAAUCGUUCCACGAUUCCUCGACGGAUCGAUUUUCGCCGUUCGAUUGGAUCACCGUGAGACGUACUCGAUCACGAAGGCCUCGUUGUCGCGACAUCCCGGAAUGAAGCGCGACUUCUGUGACGCUCGCGAUGGGAACACUCCAAAAAUGGGCAAAACUCUGGUCGAUUAAAAAGUAAAAUUCAUUUCCCAGAACGAUGGUACGUAUCGAGUCAAAGGUGCGAAACGUGUGAACAAUCGUUGGAUGGAAGAAACAUCGCCGAUUGUUCGAAUCAAAUUUUCCCAAUCUCUGAUUGUCGGCGUACGCGUCUGUCCCGCGUAAACGCGCCAUACGUUCGUCGCGAGGUGAUCGUGCGUUUCGCUGGAUAAGCGUUCGAGCGAGAAAGAGGUUGCAUCUGUGCAUCGGAGCGAGAAGGAGAACGAUUCGCGAUUCAUUGGAGAAAGAGAGAAAGGUUGCCUAGUCAAGUGUCGCGUACCACCGCGGAGCAAGUAGGAGGAUCUUCGGAGGUGGGGGCAGAGGGACAGCGAGAGGUACGAAGUAGUUGACAAUCGUCGCGGCGAAGAAGGAGGAGAACAUCGCGAUCCCGCGAAAGAGAGAGACGGAGAGUGAGAAAACGAACGGGGGUGGUGGGGAAACGUCAGAGUGUGCGGUCGUGUCCAAGAAAGAGGUGGAGAAGCUCCAAGCGACGGGAGAGGGGGCACCGAACAAACUACCGGGAAGAAGUCAGCGGCAAGUAAAGCAGCGCCGCCGAGGCUAAACUUCGGGAUCUAUCGAACUAAAAUUGUCGUGUAGUUUCUGUCUCCUCUUCUCGCCCCUCCUAACGCAAACUACCUCCCCCCUCGACCCCACCAGAGCCAACACACGCGGGCAAGGGCAGCAUCUCGGCCGGUUGCGCCCCCUCCGGGCGUUCGAGCACCCAUCCCCUCCACGGAAACGAACACCGAACGAAGAGGGAAGAAAGCAGCGGUGGGGCGACACGAGGGACGAGGAGGAGCCAUAGGAAAGAGCGAGAAGAAGAGAUCGGAACGGCGAAAGUGGAAAAGGAGCGAAAGAGACGGGAAGUAGGGGAACUUUAGAGGGGGUUAGGCUGCGUUGGCUUGCCCCACGGGCAACUCACCAUAUUUUAUUGUCGCGUUUGCCGACGCUAACCGCCGGGCGUACGGCUCCGUGUGCUCGAUCUACGAAGAUGCCGACCUAACUCGGGAGAAGAGAACUACACGGGAACUCGGGCCUACUGCACACAUAGCCGCGGGUACGAAUUCGCGCGAGUAUACGAGGUGCCGGUAGUCGCAUCGUCAGCCACCCAGCAGAGGUGGCACCGGGCACCCCCACCGCUACGCGCGGCGUGCCAGGUCUGGACCCUCCCACCCGUCUCGCCGAGGGCAAACCAUCUCGCAAAAAUCGUCCCCCUUUCCAUGGAAGGAAAAGAACUACGGCGACGACUCUGCCACCACCACCGUCGGCCCGACCGUUUCUCGUCACUACCACCACCACCACCGGCGGCACACUACCAUCGUUAUCGCCAGCGCCACCGUCACUGUACCGCUGCCUCCUCCUACACCGCGAUCAACCGUCAUCCCGCGGAACGAGGAUACCAGAACUUACGGACUCGGAUCGCGUUGUUCGGUCCUUCGAGGAACGCGGCACUCGCAGCCGGUCGACUCGGCCUCUGCACGCUGCUCCAAUGUGCGAUGGUGAUCGUCGCGUGAGUUCCACCGGUGGGUGAAUCAUUUUUUUUUUUCGAAAAAAAAAAAAACAGUGCGCGUGUGGAUUGGUAUAAUUAAUCGGUUUCGAUAUAACGAGGCAUCGGCGGCUCGAUCGGACUGCCCCCUCGUAGCGCGCGCAAAAGAAGUUUUCAAGUUACGAAGGGAGAGGGAAGAGUCGCAUGGACGGCUCUCCUUCUCGUGCCCCCCUCUGAACACGAGCGAGAACAUAUGCAUACAUGUGGACGCACACGCGCGCGGAUCGCGCAGAGGACGAAGACAGAAGCGCCGAGGCGUCGCACACGCGUAAACCGUGCCAGUUUGUAGUUGCUUGUUUAAAGAGUGCGCACCACCCGCAGGGACCGCACGAGUCCGCGACUCCAGAGGAUCGUCGUCGGUGGACUUCCGUUUCGUAGAGGGGAAAAGAAGGAAGGAAGACGCGAAGAGAAGACGACAGGGUGCCCCCGAGCAAUCUGCUGCGUGUGGAAAGGACUCUACGCGGAGGGGAGAGAAAAAAAAAAAGAGUGCGCGUGACAAGUCGAUCCUUUCCUUUUUUACGAACCGUUCCUCCGUCACCAUCGCUCGAGUUCUCGAGACCUAACCCAGACCUAACCGCUAGUUCCCUCUCCGUUCAUCGUUUCGUCCCUCUCGAAAGCUUCCUCUCGCUCGCUCCUCCCUCUAUCCCGUCUCGCUUUCUCGCUUCCAUUCUCUCCCCGUCUUGCUCUCUUGCUCGCACCUCCGCCUUCCUAUCCGCCGAGCGGAGGACUGGAUUCCGUCGAAAAGAAACGACGAUUCGGAGGAUAGUCGCGACCGAUCAUAGCUGGCGCGUCGAUCGGAUCAACGCCGCGAGUUGGAUCCCCGUGGAUCAUCCACCCUGCGCGUGAGAUCUUUUCGUCUUUCCUGUCAGUGAAGCGGUAGCAAACUCUCGUUGACGUACGGUUGUCAUCUUCAUCGCCGUCAACGAAUCCCCGAAGCCGGACGGUGCCGUCCGCGAGACCACGUUGCGGUCAGAAAUCGGAAAACUGGUCCCAGCCUUUGUGUCCCCGCGUAUGUGACAGUGCGAGUGUAUACCGGAGACCGCAUUCAGGGUCGAGUACAGUCGGCUAGCAGACAGUGCGAUCAAAACACGCCGCGAGUGAGAAAUUUUUUUCCACCCUGUAUACGACGUUUGUGACUAGCCGUGAGACAGCGCUCCGUUAUUCCCAUUUGGCGUGUCCGACAGUGAGAAAAAUCGGAGCAACGGAAAAGGAAAAGUGCUCUUGUAUAACUUGGAGUGACUCUGUGAGAGAGCUGCGAUACACGGAUGCCACGGGAUGAAACGAUGAUCGCGUAGCGGUGCUCGACCAUCACGGCCCUGAGUGGCCGACACAUCAUGUCACAGUUCUCUUUUCGAGGAUCGCCAAAUCUACAGUGUCCUGUGACAGUGAGCUCGUCGUUGGCGUCGUCCUCGGCCUCGCCGGUAUCCGGUGCAAUCCUGAGCGCAAGCGGUUCGUCGCUGGUGAGCGUAGCAGGCACGACCACGAAUCAUCCCCUGGGCGUAGCUGCCGGUCUGUCGAACGCGAGGAUGGCGGUGACCAGCGCGGUGGUUCGGCCGCCAGGCAGCCCGACCACCUCGGUCAGUCCGUCCCAAGGACACCCGCCGCCGACGACCGGCGGCCCGGCGCCGACCGGAAGGUGUUGCGACACCGGAAGACCGAUCUUCACGGACCCGUUGACGGGCCAAACGGUAUGCUCCUGCCAGUACGAGCUGCUCGGCGGUUAUCAGCGACUUGGAGCCCUCCCGACGGCCGCCCUCUCCAUGUACAGCGCGCCGUAUGCGGCUGCGGCCGCGGCUGCCGCCUCCGAGGGCAUGGCCGCGUACUUCCCGAGCCUGGGUGCCGAGCAAGCACCCUUCUACACGCCUACGGCUGCUGGCCUUGAUCUGAAGGAAAAUCUCGGGGCUGGAGCCGCCGCAGCGUGGCCUUAUCCAUCCGUGUACCAUCCUUACGACGCCGCUUUCGCCAGCUAUCCCUUCAAUGGUUAUGGCAUGGACCUCAACGGCGCGAGACGAAAGAACGCAACGCGCGAGACAACGAGUACCCUGAAGGCUUGGCUAAACGAGCACAAGAAGAACCCGUACCCGACCAAGGGCGAGAAGAUUAUGCUGGCUAUCAUCACGAAGAUGACUUUGACGCAGGUGUCGACGUGGUUCGCGAACGCGCGCAGACGUCUAAAGAAAGAGAACAAGAUGACGUGGGAGCCGAGGAACAGGGUAGAGGACGAGGACAACAACAACGAGGACGACGACAGCGGAAGAAAGAGCGUGGACGAGAAGGAUCGGCUAGAUUCCAAGGACUCCGGUACUGGUUCGAGCGAGGAUGGGGAGCGACCCACGCACCGAAUGGACCUUCUCCACGGCACCAGCGGCGGAUCCGCCGGUGUGCAAGGCAGAACCGAGAGCGAAUGGAGCGAGUCGCGCGCGGACAGCGGUCCCGACAGCCCCGAGUGUCUCUACGAUCAGAGAGAGCCCAGGCAUCCGUUGCAGCUCCAGCAUCCCGCGUAUCUGUCGUCAUCUCACGGUCGACUCUUGCGUCACCCGUCCCCGGAGAGCACGCCUCCCAGUAGUCAUCAUCUUCCGGCGAGCACCAGCGCGCCGUCCACGGUCAGCGGCGUCACCACGAAACCACGGAUUUGGUCGUUGGCCGACAUGGCGAGCAAGGACGGCGAACAGCAAAGUCCGAAUCCGACGACGAUGUCGGGUCUCUCGUCGCCCUACAGCGGAAGCAGCGGUGGCGGCGGCGGGGGCGGCGGCGGUGGAAAGCUGGUGAGCCCUCUGGCGAGCCGUCUGCCGCCCCAUCAUCCCCUGCACCCGGCGAUGCACACGGGAACGCAGUUCGUGCGACCGCAUCCGGACUUCUACCGGAACCUCUACGGCGCCUCUCAUCUGGGAUCCGGCGACAUGUCCUUGCUGGAGACCUAUUCGAGGACUCUGGGUGGUCUCAGCGGCGUAAUGCCGCCGUCCACCGCCCCCAGCAUACUGACCUCCUCCGCUUCGACCGUGGCCAGCGGCAACGUGAAACAUAUCUCGAUAACCGGGGGCGGCGGUGGACGCGCCGCUCUCGUGACGAUCGCGUCCUCGGGCCUGUCCCCGUCCUCCUCGUCGACAGCCUCCUCGGGUGGCUCCGACCAGUCGCCCCAUCCGAGCGGCAGUCUGCCACCGACGCAGGAGCUCAAGUCCCCCGGGCGAGUGUGAUUCCCCGGUGAACCCGUGGACUGAUUUAACUGACUCGAUCUGAACCGAGCUGACGGAUCGCCGUCGCGCGGAGUCAGUCGCGCGCGGCGCUGUUGUGUGGUGUGGAUGACAAUAAUAAGAGACUACGAUCUUGUAAUUAGUGUACAGUAACUGACCGAAGAACGACGGAACGAGAUAUACUGACCCCUUCCCCCCCCCCCCGUCCUCGACAUCCCCUCGAUCUCUGUCCCCUUUCCAUUCCUAGUCUCUCUAUCUCUUUAUCGUCUUUCGGGCUCCCCUCGUUUAUCCUUUCUAGGUCCUCGGCCCUCCGACACAAACUCCCGCAUCCUCCGGUCUCUCGUCCUCCUUCACGUCGGUUCUCUCCUUUGCCCUCAACGAAAAGCAAACAAGGAAACGAAAUGGAGAAAACGAAAUCGUAGGCCCCCUCCCGUUUAUCUCCGUAGGCAGCAGCAGCAGCAGCUAUCGCGGUUUAAAUGAAAACUAUCCUAGGCGUCGACUCGACAGUCAUAAUAUACAUAAAGUACUAUAUAUAUAAAUACACGGUAAUAAUAAUAAUUAUUUAUGCGUUUGUAAAUAGUAGAGAGGGCCCAGUAGAGAGCGUCCGGCCAGUGUAUGUAUUGUAUGUAGAGUAGGUACGAUAUUAUUAUUAUAAUAUUUGAGAUCAUAAUUCAUACUAACGACGGCGAUGACGACGAUGAUUAUUAUUAUUAUGAUUACGAUUAUUAUUAUUAUUAUAUUAUUAUUAUUGUUAUUGCAAUGUUUAUAAUAUUAUCGAUUCGCGUCGACUCGGUCGAUCAUGACGAGGUAUGGAUCGUUGAUCGCUGCAACGGAUUACGGGCGACGGACGGAACGCGCCUGAAUCCGCGCGAAUGUCUCGGUUUCUCCGUUCGUAAGUAUUAUUUAUUUAUUGUUCGACGCUCGAGGACGCGAACGACGACACCUUCGAGGGCCUCCCAAUUUUUCCUCCUCAGUCGUCUUCUCUGCUGGUCUCUAGGCCGCGGAGAUUUCGUCGAACGCGCUCCGCUCCGCCCGUAAUCCGCCAGAACUUAGAAAUCGCGUUGCGCCCCGCUGCCGCGAGAAGCUUUCCCGUCCUCGCGACCCAACGGGCAUAGAAACACAAAGACGUACUACACUAAACUCGGUCCCCAGGUAGUUUGGACAAGGCGCGACACCUGCAGGGCGCAGCGACUGUCAACAUAUCAUGUCAUGUCGAGAGUGAACGAUCGCCAUCACCUUUUAGUCAUUCGUGUCCAAAAUUUCACGCGAGCUCGCCGAUGCCACAUUGGCAGAUGGCUUGCAGACUGUGUCCUUUCGCAAUAAACGAAUCAUUAUAAAAAAAAAAACAACAGAAAAUCUGACAGGCUUCGUCAUUCUUUCCCUGUCUAUCCGUCCUGGAGCUUGAUCGAUGGCUCCCGGGGAGUCGAUCGGUGAGAAACUAUCGAGGGAUCUUUGGGCGACGAAACAGGGUGAGUACGCUUGGGCGAGACACUGGGAGGGUCUUUAUUCGAGUGGAAGGUUUGUUGAAAACUGAAUCUCGAAGAAUAAGAUAUCUAUUUCUGAGAAAUAUGGCUGCGAUGUGGCCACGACGAUGUCUUCUGAUAAGGUGCCCCACCGAAACAAUAAAAAUUCCAGCACACCUUUAGAACCUCGAGCAAAAACGGACGUACCAGCGUGUAACGUUCCCUCGAACGGAUUCUGCUCGUUUAACGACUGGAACCGUCCUCGCGGACGAGCACCGCGUAUCAUUAUGCCGUUGUCCGCCUAAUCGUGGAGCAUGCAUCCCGACGACGGAGACAAUACGCGCCAGGGUUCCUCCUGGCAACGCAUGGGACAGUCGGCCGGCAGCCGGCGACGGCAGAUGAAUAUGAAACGUCCCCGUUCUCGGAACCGACCGCAAGAUGUACUUAUAAAAAUGCAAAGCGACCGACUUCUGGGUGGUUGCGGGACAAGCUUGGUUAUUAGUAAACAUUUAAAUCGACAAUCGCUAUAGGUAUACGGACAGCGGAGAAUGCCGUUGCGCGUCUCUGUUCCCUUCUUUCGGGCCCCUCUCUCCCCCGUUCCCUGGUUCUGUCGUCGUCCCGCGGCCGUGUCCGAUCGGUAGUCCCUCUCGUUCCUGCUCUCGCACGGCAGCCGAGAGAAACGGAGGAGAACGAACGCACAGGCCAGAUCGGUCGUGGUGGAGGAAACAAGAAAUCAAGCCGCGGGACCACCCGCCACGGCCUUGGGGGCACCGAGCCGCGGAUCUCA